AAAAUUAAAAAGAAAAAGAAAAGAACUAACACAAAAUAAUUUGGGAUUGCUGCUUGGACCGAAGCAUAAGCAAGACCGCGUGUGGUGCCGUGCCUGUUUCCGAGACCAACAAAACAGCCAUUGCAUCCCACUCCCUUCUCUCUCUCUCUCUUUCUGUUUGAAGCAAACAACAAAACUAAAUUAUAAUCCACUCACUCCCCCUCUCAAUAAAACCCUCUUCCGAUCCAUCCAUUUUCUCCGUCGGAUUCAAUUCAUUCUUCGCGGAACACAAAAACGAAAGGGAAAAAUCAUCGAAGGUGGCCAUCGAUGAAUGGAUCUCGGGUUUGAUGUAAUUAUUGGAUGGUUCUGGAGAUUCGUCCCGUGAUGGGAUUAAAAUCAGUGGGCAUAGGUUGCUUGCGCAGUCCAUGGAUGAGAAGCGAAGGGCAAUAAUGGAAGUGAAAUUGGGGAAAGUGAAUCUCUCUCUCAGUUGAAUUGCGUCUCUCUCUCUCACUCUCUCUCUCUCUCUGUCUCUCUGUCUCUCUCUCUCCUCUUUCUCUUUCUCUCGGUCAUGGAUGGGGUUAGACCUCGUGAUAAAGCGGAGCAGCCUCAGUCCAGAGACUUCGCCACCGCGUCGUCAUCGUCGUCGGGAUGGCGUCCCCGAGGGUUUGCGUUCGUUCCUUGUGUGCCUAAGGGUGAAGGAGAAGGAGAAGAAGUUACUGCUGCUCAGAAGUCGCAACCGUUGCGCCUCGUUGUGAGGAAACCUUUGGUGGCUAGAUUGACCAAGGAAAUAGUGGAAACAUACCAAAUCUGCAAUCCACAGUUUAAAUAUUCUGAAGAUCUAAAUCCAAAAAGAUUUUUGACUAGUCCAUCCGUUGGAGUGCUUAAUGAUGGCUAUGAUAAUGUAAACUCAGAUCUUAUUCUGACAGUGAAUUUUGUCUUGAUCCAUUUAGAGAAAAAUAAAAGAUAUAUUGUCAAAGAUGUCCUUGGUCAUGGGACAUUUGGACAAGUGGCUAAAUGCUGGGAUUCAGAUACCAACAGUUUUGUUGCUGUGAAGAUCAUUAAAAAUCAACCAGCAUACUAUCAACAGGCGCUGGUUGAAGUAACUAUUUUAACAACGUUAAAUAAGAAGUAUGAUCCUGAGGAUAAGCAUCACAUUGUUCGUAUAUAUGAUUAUUUUGUAUAUCAACGACACUUGUGCAUUUGCUUUGAAUUGCUGGACACAAACUUGUAUGAGCUUAUCAAGAUGAAUCAUUUUAGGGGAUUGUCACUUGGUAUUGUUCAGCUAUUCUCUAAGCAGAUUUUAUGUGGACUGGCUCUUUUAAAAGAGGCUGGCAUUAUUCAUUGUGAUCUGAAGCCAGAAAACAUUCUUUUAUGUACAAGCACUGUGAAGCCAGCAGAAAUCAAGAUUAUUGACUUUGGAUCAGCAUGCAUGGAAAACCGCACGGUUUACUCUUAUAUUCAGAGUCGAUACUAUAGAUCACCUGAGGUUCUUCUUGGAUAUCAAUACUCAACAGCUAUAGAUAUGUGGUCCUUUGGGUGCAUAGUGGCAGAAUUGUUUCUUGGAUUACCAUUAUUCCCUGGGGCUUCAGAAUUUGAUCUUUUGAAACGGAUGAUUGAAAUACUUGGAGGACAACCACCUGAUUAUGUAUUAAGGGAUGCCAAAAACACAAGUAAAUUCUUUAAGUGUAUUGGGAGUCUCCAGAACAUAGAGAACAGCGAGAGUUCCAAAAAUGGAAGAAGUGUUUAUCAAGCAUUGACAGUGGAAGAAUAUGAAGCUCGAGAAAUGAAGAAGCCAUCAAUUGGAAAAGAGUAUUUUCAUCAUAUGAAUCUUGAAGCAAUUGUUACAAACUAUCCGUACAGAAAAAACCUACCCAAAGAAGAUAUUGUCAAAGAAAGUCAAGCACGACUGGCUCUUAUUGAUUUUUUAAAAGGGCUUGUUGAAUUUGAUCCUGCAAAACGCUGGUCACCAUUUCAGGCUUCAAAACACCCUUUUGUAACUGGGGAACCUUUUACACACCCCUACAAGCCUCCCCCUGAGACUCCUCACAUGCCUGUAGUUCAAAAUAUCAAGGUGGAUAAUCAUCCAGGCGGCGGACACUGGUUUGCUGCUGGUCUAUCACCUAAUGUUCAAGGAAAGAGCAGAGCUUCCCUCUAUAGCAGUCCACAUUUUCAGAUGGUUCAACAUCCAUCUAAUAGUUAUGGAAGUGUAGGAAGCCAUGGGAGCUAUAAUGACAGUGCUGGGCUUGGAAGCAGCUAUGGGAGUUAUGGAGAGAGCAGUAACAUGUUUGCUUAUUAUUCACCAAUUGCUCCAUCUGGUAUGAACAUGCAUAAUCAGGGCAAUAUGUCAAUGCUUGGAAAUAGUCCUGAUGCUAGGAGGAGAGUUAAGUACCAACCUGGGAAUGGGCUGGGCGUAAGUCCAUCAGCUGGAAAUUUUGCUCCUCUGCCUCUUGGUGCCAGCCCAUCUCAAUUUACUCCACCAAGUUCCUAUAGUCAGGUUUCAGUUGGUUCUCCAGGACACUAUGGACCUACAUCUCCUGCAAGAGGAACUUCUCAUGGAUCACCUUUAGGCAAGACAUCUGCAGUUAGCCAGUUUAAUAGAAGAAAAAAUUGGGGACAUUCUGGAAGUCCUCAAACUCAAGAAACUACAUUUUGUUCACAUUGGCAAGGCCAAUAUCCUGACAGCACUAGCCAUACUGAGGGAACAUCACAAGCUCUUGGCAGUUCACCAUCAUAUCUACAGUCAAAUAGCAAUCCUGGAAACUGGAAGCAGCGAGGUAGUGGAGGGUUAUCAGCAAAUCAGAACAUUUCAUGCUUGGUUAUGCCCAGUUGUAGCAUGAACUCACAAUCAACAGAAUUGGUUCGUGACAAUGUGGACACAGGCAUUUCAUUGCCUGAUCCUGGAGAUUGGGACCCUAAUUAUAGUGAUGAACUACUACUACAAGAUGAUGGUUCAGAUGAAAGCAAUUUGACAACUGAGUUUGGUAGAAGUAUGAAUCUUGGUUCCACUGAACCAUGGGCUGGAUUUGGAAGGUUCAACCAUGUCUCCAGCUCAAACACUCCAAUAAUCAUGCAAAGACUCAGUGGACCAGGUCAAGCAUUUUCUAACGUUGAGGUGGGUAGCCUUCCAGCUCAUGAUCAUCAAGCAGCAUACUCUAUGUCUAAGCCUUUUCAUCUCAUGCCUCAUAUUUUACAAAAUUCUCCAAGCCGUUUUGGACACCAAUCUGUUCAAAGAUUCACACAUGGUAGACCACCCCAGGGUGCUGAGUGGAAUCAAAUUAAGAUUCAGGCUCCUUCUGGUUUCAGCAAUGUGGGCCCUCGUUCUCCCAGGAACAACUCAUUCACAAACAGUAUGACAUGGGGGCGAAGAAUGAAUCCUCCUGUCGCAAGCAUGCCACCAACAUCUCGGACAAGAAAAGAUUACGCAAGGAUAGACUAGCAGGGUCCCGAUUCACCGGAUCAGCUUGUGUUUUUUUUUUUUUUUUCCCAAUAUUUGGGUUCAUGACAAGGGUAGUCUGUGUUGUGUAGAAGGGGUACGGGGAGGGAAUCUAAGGGGGAAGUAAAAAAAAAAAGAAAAAAGAAAAAAAGAAGAGGCCAGUACCCAAUUGUUCGUUAGCGAACCCUUAUAUCUUUUGUCAUUUAUUGUGCUUGCGCUUAAAAAUAAUUUGUGGGUAUAGUUUGCAUGUCAUUUAUCAUUUAUUGGGUAUUUGGUAAUUCAAAGGCUCUAUAUGCGCUGAUAUACCCUUUUGGAAGGGUUGUGCUUAGUGAAAUCCUAAGAGAUGGUCGCGUGCAAAUUUUUUUAAUAUUCCGUAUUAUCUUCCUUGGGUAUCAGAGCCCUUAACAGGUUUAUAAAAUGCUCUUCGUUGAAUCUUGAACUGAUAAAUAAAUUUCAUUUACAGCGUGUUCAGAUUCAUGCUAAAUGUUAAUAAGUUUACAUCAUUAUAAUGAUGAUGAUAUUAGUCACGACUUGUGUAUUGAAGACAUUUAGAUUUUUUCAACUUUUCGCAUACACAGUUGGAAAUAUGUUUGCUUUCUAACGUGAUUAUUCACGUCAAAACAGGAACUAUUUUGGUCUGUAAAAAUAUUCAUACCAUGCAGGGGUUUUUAUUUUGAACUAGGCACAAAUUUUAUGCCACUGGUUAAUCAUGGGCAUUUUCUGUGGAAGACAGAUUUAGUUUAGAAAUUAUCUUCCAAUGUUAGACUUUAGCAGGAAUAGACAUAUGAAUUGGGUCUCAAUAUCAUAUCUUAAAUCCCAUUUGAGCAUAAGAACUCUAGACAGGAAAGCAUACAUUACCAACGGAAGCAGUGACCGAGAUAAAUUGAUCAAAUCGAUACUAUAAACUUAUCAAUAGGAUUAUCUAGUUCUGCUCCUAAUCAAGUCAAGAUAAUAAUCAAAGUCGAAGCAUGCAAGCAAAAUUAAUCAAAACUCUGAUAAGAGGAAUGAUUUCGCGCAGUUUAUGAAAAACAUAUAAGCAACUAAUUUAAUCCUAACAAAUAGAACUGAGAAAUAUAAAGAUAAAACGCUUUCAGAUGAUAUAUUGAAUCUAUUUUUUAUCAUCCUUAUUAUAUUAUCUUCAAAGCUCAGACUCUGUAGGACGCUUCUUUACA